AUGCAAAUCGGCUCCCUGCCCCCACGCCCCUCCCCCCGAGAGGCGGGCGGCGGGCGGGGAGGAGAGGAGCGGGGGAGGGGACGGGGACGGGGACGGGGCCGGGGAGGGGGCGGCGAGGAGCGCGGAAGAGGGGCGAGACGGGCCCCCGGCGCCGCCGGUCGGUCAGGGAGCGGCGGGGCGCGUCUGCAGCCCGCCAAGCGGCCUCCUGAGCGCCGGGGCCCCGCGCCCGCUGCUGCUGCUGCUGCUGCCUGCCGCCUGCGAGCGCUCCAGCCGCGCCGGCAUCCUCGGGGCACCGCGCCCGGCCGGCUCCCUGGGGCGCCCGCUCGCGCCGCGUCUGGGCCUCGCGCCGCCUUCAGUGGCCCCGCCGGCCGGCCGCGGGGUGCCGGGUGCCCGCCAGCCGCAUUCCGACACAGAGGAUCGGCCUCGGCGCCGCGAUCGUCGGCUGCUGCUCGGCGAGCCCGGGCGAUGAGGUGCACCUGUUCUUCAGCCGGCCCGCAGCCAACCCUCGGCCAGCGCUCUCCCGGAGAGACCAAUCCCAGCGCAGCGCGGAGGGCGAGCGGCCGGCUCGCCAGCUCCAGCCGCCCGCUGCUCCGCGCCGCCGCCGCCGCCGCCGCCGCCGCCGCCGCCCGAAGAGAGUCAAACUCCAGCGAACCGCGCCGCUGUCGCCGCCGUGAGCCAGGGGCUGGGGGCGCUCCGGGCGUCCGCGGCGGGUGCGGUCUGACCCGCCUCCGAGGGACCCAACAAGCAAGCAGAGGAUCGGAAAUCACUCCCCGGCGCCCUGCCCGGUUGAGCGUGGGGAGCCAAAGCGGGAGACUGCGUCGGGGGCUCCGGAGGACGCGGACCCCGGGCCGAGGGCGUCUCCAGGCGGAUGCGGGUGUAUGUGCAGAACCGCCGCGGCGGGCUGAGAUUCCGGCAGAGUAGCGCCUCCCACCAGCACCUAAUGCUGGUUUCUUAAUGCACACAAGAUAAAUAAAUGAUCCAAGCAAACCCCCGUUUGACGGGGGCGGGGGUGGCAAAAGCAGCUUCCCGACCGAUUGUGGAGAACCAAACGUUACACUGAAGAGACUGCAGAGAGCAGAGGAUGCAUUGAAACAGGAAGCCCCUGGGGUUUGGUACCUACCAGAGUACUUUGCACAGACACGGUUAAUAAAUUAUUUUUGAUGGCAGUAAUGCGGCUGUCACCUCUUUCAGCUAUAACAUUGAGACUUUCCCCACAGGAAAGCUUUUGAUUUUUAGUUUGAUGGAACAUGCCUUAAUCUAGUAGUGCUGAAUUAUGAUUACAAAAAGUGCAAGCAAAAAAAAAAAAAAAAAAAACCAUUAUUUGAAUCCUUUAGCUUUCCAAUGCAAACCACUGCCCUCUUAAAUAAAAACUGACCCAGCCUGUACCUUCUGUGGGUACUAGGAAUCUACUUACCAGCUAGGAAUCUACUUGCCCAGCCUUUCUUGUGUAGCAAAUAAAAGCUUUCCUGCAAAACUCUUUGGAAUUAUAGCGGUGCUACUGUCAGCUAUU